AAUUAUCCCCUGGUCACCCAGUUUUAACCUUCGAAAAAAAAGAAGGAUUCUGAUCGGGAUUUUUAGAAAAUCCCUGUAUUGAUUCUUGUAUUUAUUUCCAAACGAAAUAAAAUAAAAUGUCUGAACUUCCCUACGGCCCCCCCGUUCGGGUAUCUCCGUUGAUCAGAUUUGGCCGCUGGUCGUUCCUGGGAGCGGGUAUCCUGUACGGAGCCUUCCACCAAAGCAGGUUGUCCAAGAAGGAGGCUAAGUUCCGCGAGGUUGAAGCCAAGGAGAAGGCAAUCCGCGACGCGAAGCUCAAGCAAGAGAAGGCGAUCGCUGCCGCAGCGGAACUGAAAUCCCUAGAAGAGAUGGUCUCCCCCAAAAAAUGAACGAAACAGCUGGAAAUACUUAGUUUAUAAGGCAAUAGUGAACACCGCCAUCUGUUGAGCAUUGUCGGAACUAACACAAUAUUUGGGGCGGAACCGGCAAUAUUCCAUCGACUUUGUAAAAAUAAAUCGUUUUAUUUAAUGAAAUAUAGGUGAUUAUGUAAAAAAA